AUGUUCGCUCGUAUCGCUGCUCGUGCCCCUGAGCUCCGUACUAUUGCUCGCCGCGCUUACUCUACCGGCCGCUCGGAGGGUUCCGUCGCUGAGAGCAAGGGAUUCAGUAAGAAGGAGAAGGCUGUUGAGGACCAGUACGCACGCAAGCACGAGGCGGAGCAACUCAAGAAGAUCCGCGCCCAGAUCGAGCAGAAGCAGAAGGAGAUUGCUGAGCUCGAGAAGGCCGCACAAGAGACUAAGAGCUCAUAA